GGUUGCGUUGACGUUUCUUUGAGCCCCAGCUUUUGUUUGUAUUUCUCCGUAACUCGCCGCUGUAGUGACAGAAAGGCUUCUGAUCUCGUACUCUCGGUGCGUCCGUGCCUUUCUCGAGUUCGGUUUCUUUCAGAAAGCCCGAUCUCCCCUUCCUCCCCCUGCCCCCCGCACAAGGAGCUGCUCUCAGCUGUGCUCCCCGGGCUGCUGCUGCCCGGCCCGCUUUGCGUCCUGUGGGACUCGCGGCUUGCAUCAGGCAGUGUGCAGUAAUGUUGUGCUGUUCUGGUAGAGAAAUAGCUGCUUCUUUUAAAACGUGUGGGAAAACAUGAGAAACCCAGGCCCCUACCUGCAUUUGUAAACUGAGUAUUAAUGCUUUCGCUUUUCAGCUGCUUAAAUACUUGAAAUUGGGGCAAUAGAGUUACAUUCUGAUGAACAUUUGUACUAUCGCUCAAGUCUUCUCAGCUGUGGUACUGCCAAAGAUCACAUACCUUUGUAGCAGAUGUUAAAUGUCUUAAACUCAUAACUAGGCCACUGAAUGGGCUUACAGUAUGUUUUUAUUUUUGAAUACUGUACUGAUUGCUUUUGGAAGGAAGCUGGAGUUGCAGUUGCAUUACAUAGAUACAACGCAUUUAAAAGUUUUGCAGAGGCAAAAGGUUUGCUGCCAAGGACAUUGAGGAGCGAAAGUGGCUGUAACGGUUGGUUUGCAGUGGAAGUAGAGCUUUUACAGGUCAUUGGUGUCCCCUGAAGGGCAGGGAACUUGGUGUUGGCGUCUCUUUCAAAACCGUGUGGCCUCUAUUGUGAAAUACAAAUGUGACACCGUACAGGGAGCCCCACUGGAUGAACAGCAGGGCUUACAGCUGAGAGUCUGUCCUGAAUUGCAGAAAUUGUGCUCAGACAUAAACUUGUUCCUUAACGUUGGCCAGAGCGGAAGCUAUGGGAAAGAAUGCUUAGAACUGGGAAAAGCGAUGGGGCAGAAAUGGAAAGAAAAAUAAUGCUAGACAUAUCCAGACCUGAGGCAGGGAAGAUCCAUCACCGUAUUCCAGGUGAGAGAUUUCCUAUCUGGCUAACAGAUGGAACUUGUGUCAUGUUUGCUUUAUGGAGGCACUGGUUGCUGUGUGUUCUAUCUGCCUCUCACUCUGCCCUGUUUGCAAACUUCCAGUGGCCUCUUCAGCAGCAGCCACCCCACACAGGUGACAUUUCAGCCCUGCAGCUUGUGUGUGUCUUAGCUUCUGUGUGUUCCUUCUGAGGAUUUCUUCAGGCCCUCUUUCCAUCCCACACUAAUACAUUGCUGUCUAAUUCUGUUGCAUCCGUUUUACCGUAGAGACCACACUGUGGCUCUUAAUAGCAGUAGUGACAAUAGUUAACACUUUCAGGAUUUCAUUUUGCCAAAGGCUUCGGAGAGUGCAGAAUGUGCUGUGCUGCAAGCUUUUAUGCAGUCAGGAGACUGACUUUUUUUCUUCAUACUUCACAAUGUUUCAGGAUUUUACAAAUUUUAAUGAAAUUUCACGGGCUUUCACUGCGCAGAGAAGAGCCUGGUGGAGGAUACUGCAGUAAAGAAGAGGUAGAGGUUCAGGACUGAGAGUCACGAAUACCUGCUUGUUGUACCAGUAUUUAUGAACAUCAGCGAGGGUUUGGGGACAAAGGAGCCACGUGUGGGGCUGUUGGCCCAGACAGCUUUGUUGGGGAUUGGUUCAACCUGAGAUAAGAAGCCUGUCACCACCACAUGUUGAGUAGGCCUCUACUUGACAAGGGUUUUUCUCGUAGCCUUCAGAAGAUGAGAUCAAAUGAUUUCUUGUCAAGAUGCAUCUAAGGUUAAAUAGCUUCUCAUUUUACUUAUUUGCUAAUUGCAUUGAUGGGCCUUAAUGAAAAGUGACCAACUGCACAGCACUGUCACGGUGUUCAUGUGCUACAGGCUGUGGUACAUUUCUUAUAGAUAGCAACAUCCUUAAUAUCUGCAGUCUGCAGUUUCCGCGAGGAGUGCCAGUGCUGAGAGGGCUCACGUGUAGGGCAGGGAGCCUCCUGGGCUCCUCCUCAGCUCUUACACGUGGGCAUCUUGCUGUGUGGUUACUUAGCUUGCUCUGGAGUUAGCACUGGGUUUUAAAGCAACCUUGGCGAUGGAAGCUGUUGGCUUCUGUUGAAUUAAGAAUGAGUUGCCCAGAUGGAGAUUUGUCCACAGCAGAAUGGCUCGAGCUGUGGAGUUUCAGCACAGCUCAUAAACUUCAGCUUCAUAGAACCUUAAAAAUGCCAACAUUCCACUAAAGAACGUGCAUCAAAAUGCAGCACAUGCGUUGCAGCCAUCUGUGGUUUUCUAUCUUUCAGACAAACACAGGUUUUACUUGUUUUGAAGGCUGUGGAAGUGUAGUGGAAAAAUAUGAGAAUAGAGAAAAGCUGUGCAUCAGGAUGAAUGAAGCCUGCCUUCAUUUGCUUCAUUGACAUUUGGGCAAGCAUCAGAUCAAACUGGGCCUUUUUGUGUUGAUUGAACUCUUUACAGAGCUGUCGGAUGGGUUCUUUGCUGUCUGUGAAGAUGUCUGUUCAGUGCCUGGGCACUCCCGAGGUCUCUGUCAGAUCACUUACUGUAAGGAAAGCUGGAGGGAACUUGCUGAAGCUGAUUAGUGACUUUCCAUAACCAAACUUGAUAUUGCUGAGUGCUCAGGGGAACGGAGGCAGCAGCAGCUGACAUCCCUCCUCCCGAGCACCUUCCUCUGCCCUGCAGCUGCUGGGGCAGCCCGGCCUGGCCGCUGCUGCUGGCUGUGCUCUGUCCGCUCCGUGGCACACAGCGCAGAGCCCAGUGGCUGCACUGCAGGGAGCGUCCUGCUGUGAGAAGGGGGAGAAGUUGGUUCAUGUUUGCUUUAGCUGCAUUUUGAGUUUUGGCCUGUGUUUAGUGAAUGGUAUUAAAAUCCGAAAGUUUUGCUUGUCAGCUUGAUAUCAUGGCGUUCACGUGAGUGUGAUCACCAGAACAGCUGGAAUCAGCGGCGUUAUCCUCGUGUUUCAGCCACUGAGAUUCUUUGCUUGGCCCUACGCUGCUUCUUGAGUUACGAUGUGAAGAGGCACAAGAAGUUACCACAGGUCCAGAAAUGGUCAGCUGGAAUACCGCUCCAGUCACAUGUGGAAGGAUUCUGUCAGGAAACCACCAACUCCUCUUUGUUCUGGUGGACAAACAGCUCGGCCGCUGCGAUGGCUGCGCUGCUUGGAGUCGCGCUGUUUGUCCCGCAGGCCCGAGCACGGGGUCACCCGUAUCUUCUGAACGUCUGACUGGCUCCCGCUGUUAGACACAAUGGUUUUGGACGACCUACCAAAGCUGGGAGAUACAUGUGCCUCCUUGUACUCCUCGGCUAUGGAAGACUUAGAAGUGGAUUUGGAUUCAGGACUGGAGGAAGACGAACUGAAACAGGAGGCUGCUCCUGAGGAUUCCACAAUCUUUGUAGCUUUUAAAGGAGAUAUAGGGGAUAGAGACUUUGAACAGAAACUGAGUGUUAUACUGGAGAAUGUACCUGGCCUUCUACAUAUGGAAUCCAACAAGUUAAAGCUGCAGAAAAUAGAGCCUUGGAACAGUGUGCGUGUCACCUUUAACAUACCCCGCGAAGCUGCGGAGCGGCUGCGCAUUCUGGCUCAGAAUAAUAACCAACAGCUUCGUGAUCUGGGGAUUCUCUCUGUUCAGAUUGAAGGGGAAGGUGCUAUCAAUUUAGCCUUAGCUCAAAGUAGAAGCCAGGAUGUUCGAAUCAAUGGGCCGCUGGGAGCAAACAACUCAGUACGAAUGGAACCUGGAUUUCCCAUGCAAGGGGGACAAGGUUUAAUAAGAAUGAGCAAUGCUGCAGCCGUUAUGAUGUCCCAGAGUGGAAGCAUGCCAUCCUCUAUGGUGGCAGGUGGUGCUGGUACAGAGCUGCAGCCAAGAACACCUCGACCUUCCUCACAGCCAGAUGCAAUGGACCCACUUUUAUCUGGGUUAAAUAUCCAGCAGCAAAAUCAUCCAUCUGGAUCUUUAGCUCCGCAACUCCAUUCAAUGCAAUCAGUUCCUGUAAACAGGCAAAUGAACUCAGCCAACUUUCAGCAACUACAACAACAAACACAGUUGCAGACACGUCCUCCCCAGCCACAUCAGCAGCCACAGCAGGGUAUUCGACCUUCGUUUACUUCACCAGCACAGGUUCCAGUUCCCCCUGGCUGGAACCAGCUUCCUUCAGGAGCACUUCAGCCUCCUCCAACCCAGGGAGCACUGGGUACAUUGACAGUAAACCAGGGUUGGAAAAAGGCCCCUUUACCUGGACAAAUGCAGCAGCAACUUCAAGCAAGACCAUCUCUAGCCACAGUACAAACUCCUACUCAUCCUCCACCUCCAUAUCCUUUCGGAAGCCAGCAAGCUUCCCAGGCUCACUCAAACUUUCCCCAAAUGAGCAAUCCUGGCCAGUUUACUGCUCCUCAAAUGAAAAGCCUUCAGGGAGGGCCCUCACGCGUUCCUACACCACUACAACAACCCCACUUGACCAACAAGUCUCCUGCUUCCUCUCCCUCCUCCUUCCAGCAGGGAUCACCUGCAUCAUCUCCAACAGUUAACCAGACGCAGCAGCAGAUGGGACCAAGGCCUCCCCAAAGUAGCACGCUUCCCCAGGGAUUUCAGCAGACUGUCAGUUCUCCUAGUCGUAAUGCUAUGGUGCAACAGGGGAACGUACCCCCCAACUUCAUGGUGAUGCAGCAGCAAAACCAAGGUCCACAAGGUUUACACCCUGGCUUAGGAGGAAUGCCCAAGCGCCUCCCUCCCGGGUUCCCUGCAGGCCAGGCUAACCAGAGCUUCAUGCAAGGUCAGGUGCCUUCCACAGCACCAGGAACACCAGUGAACAGUGGAGCUCCACAGCUACAAACCAGCCAAAAUAUGCAGCACACAGGUGGCCAAGGAUCUGGGCCUCCUCAAAAUCAGAUGCAAGCACCACAUGGCCCACCAAAUAUAAUGCAGACCAAUUUAAUGGGACUUCAUGGAAAUAUGAACAACCAGCAGGCUGGUGCUAGUGGAGUGCCACAAGUUAACAUGGGCAACAUACAAGGACAGCCUCAACAAGGACCACAGUCUCAGCUUAUGGGAAUGCAUCAGCAAAUUGUAUCCUCUCAAGGACAGAUGGUAAAUAUUCAGGCUCAGGGAUCGAUGAACCCUCAGAACCAGAUGAUACUUUCUCGAACUCAGCUCAUGCCACAAGGCCAAAUGAUGGUAACACCACAAAAUCAAAAUCUUGGUCCUUCACCCCAAAGGAUGACCCCACCCAAACAGAUGAUUUCUCAGCAGGGACAACAGAUGAUGUCUACACACAAUCAGAUGAUGGGACCUCAAGGUCAGGUCUUGUUACAGCCAAACUCAAUGAUGGAACAGAUGAUGACCACUCAAAUGCAGGGAAAUAAACAGCCUUUUAAUGCUCAAAACCAGUCCAGUGUUAUGUCGGGGCCAGCUCAACUGAUGAGAGGACCAACCCCAAACAUGCAAGGAAACAUGGUGCAGUUCACUGGGCAGAUGAUGGCUCAACAAGGCCCUGUGAAUGGUAACCCUUCUCAGGUUAUGGGAAUACAAGGGCAAGUUUUAAGACCUACCGGGCCUGGCCCCCAUAUGUCUCAGCAACUUGGGGAUACUACUACUGCAACAAAUAAUGAUGUGAACGUGACACAGAUGUUACCUGAUGUUCCCGUGCAGCAGUCUAACAUGGUGCCUUCCCAUCUGCAAGCAAUGCAAGGAAACAACAGCGCUUCAGGGAGUCAUUUCCCUGGCCACGGGCUGCCGUUCAAUUCCGGGUUUAGUGGAACGCCAAAUGGGAAUCAGAUUUCCUGUGGACAAAAUCCUGGCUUUCCUGUCAAUAAAGAUGUCACGCUCACAAGUCCACUCUUGGUUAACCUUCUACAAAGUGAUAUAUCGGCAGGACACUUCGGUGUGAACAACAAACCAAAUAGUCAGAAUGCCAGUAAGCCGAAAAAGAAAAAGCCUCCAAGGAAAAAGAAAACUAAUCAACAACUGGAACAAACAAACUCCUCAGAACCGCGCCCAGGCGGCCUGGAGGAGAGCGAUCAGUCAUCAACGUCUGGAGAUCAAGGAAUCAACUUAGACAGCUCAGGCCCUAAACUUUCAGACUUUGGAAGCAGGCCACCAGGUUAUCCUUCUCAGCCAGUGGAACAAAGACCACUUCAGCAGAUGCCACCUCAACUCAUGCCACAUACACAGCAGCCACAGCAGCUGCAACAGCAGCCACAGCUGCCUCCACAGCAAGCUCAGGCGCCGCCGCAAACACCGCAGCAACAGCAGCAAAUGAUGAUGAUGCUUAUGAUGCAGCAAGAUUCCAAAUCAGUCAGGCUGCCCCUACCACAAGGAGUUCAUCCACCUCGAGGGCCUCUGAAUCCAGAUGCCCAAAGAAUGCCCAUGCAGCAGAGUGGUAACAUGCCAGUGAUGGUCAAUCUACAAGGCCCUGGGUCUGUGCCUCUGUCUCCUGAUAAACAGAGAAUUUCCUUGCCAAGCAAUCCUUCUCUGGGAAAUAAUGCAAGAAAAAUGGUUUAUCAAGAUAAUGUACAGAAUCCUUCCAGCUCACCUCUGGGAGAAGUUUCAUCAGUAUCCUCCCUUCCAGACGGAGGUGGAACUGAAGGCCCCGCAGCAUCAGGAGCUCAGAAUAAUUUGACAUCUCAUUUAGUAGUUUCACAGAAUCAAUUAAUGAUGACGGGAGCCAAACCUGGACCAUCCCCACUUUCAACCACCCAAGGCACAAGUCCUCAGCAGCAAUCUAAUUCUCUGCCUGGCUCCCUUGCACACCAUUUUCCUAAUGUUGCUACUCCAUCACAAACUUCAAGGCCUAAAACCCCAAACAGAGCAAGCCCAAGGCCAUACUAUCCUCAGACUCCUAAUAACCGGCCGCCUAGCACAGAACCCUCAGAAAUAAGCCUGUCUCCAGAGAGACUCAACGCUUCUAUAGCUGGUCUUUUCCCUCCCCAAAUUAAUAUUCCUUUACCUCCCAGGCCUAAUCUCAGUAGAGGAUUUGAUCAGCAGGGUCUUAAUCCUACUACUUUGAAGGCCAUUGGACAAGCCCCAUCAAAUCUCACAAUUAACAAUCAGUCUAGUUUUGCUGCUCCACAGUCACACAAAUUGGAAAGUGUUGUUAAUUCAGGAAAGCAAACGAAUGCUGGAGGAACAAAAAGAGCAAGUCCAAGCAGUAGUCGAAGAUCCAGUCCUGGAUCCAGCAGGAAAACAACACCAAGUCCUGGUAGACAGAAUUCAAAAGCAGCAAAAUUAUCGUUAGCUACUCCGCAGAAUCCAUCUCUCUUGCAGAAUGUAGAUAUGCAGAGGAAUAUGAUGGUUGGUCCUGCUUCUUUGCCAACACCUGUUACUACAAGUUUUCAAAAUAAUAACAUGCUAAGUAAUCAGAGUCCUGCAGUUUCUGCACCUGCUAUGACUGGCAUUCCUGAAGACAAUAAAGAGAGCCUCAGUGUUCCUCAAGAUAACGAAUGUCAAAGUGCACAAAUUGUCCAAGGUAACAAAGACCAGCCCAGCAUUGAACUAAAAGGUAUCCCUACCCCAGAAAUAAAAAUGUUGGUUCCAGAGGAGCAGUCAAAAAAAGAUGGGCAGGCCUUAGAAGUGGGUAAGCUUCCAGUUUUGGAGGAAAGUAAAACCAUGGUAUCUCCGGCUAUGAGGGAAGCACCAACUUCUUUAAGCCAACUUCUCGAUAAUUCUGGAGCUCCUAAUGUAACCAUUAAGCCCCCAGGACUGACUGGUCUUGAAAUGGCACCAGUAGUCACCACUGUGGAGGAGAUAAAAAAGGUAGCUGUCAUUCCUCCCCUGCAAGAUGCAUCUUCUAGCAAAGAGCCAUCUAAUUCACAUAGUUUGCCUCAAAGUAAUGAGCCCUGUUCAAAUCCAGGGCAUCAGGAACCGGGAGAAAUAAACUCAAAUGUUACACAGAGUGUUCCCCCAGUAAUGCAAAGGCCUGUCAGUUCUUCUAUUUCAGCUCCCUUACCACCCAACCAGAUAACAGUUUUUGUAACUUCAAACCCCAUUACAUCUUCUGCUAAUACAUCAGCACCGUUGCCAUCUCACUUGCAACCCACAUUAGUGUCUACUGUUGUCACAAUGCCUAACGUAGGAAACAAAGUUAUGGUUUCUGAGGGACAGUCGGCAGUUCAGUCUAAUGCACGGCCGCAGUUCAUUACACCUGUUUUUAUAAACUCUUCCUCAAUAAUUCAGGUUAUGAAAGGCUCUCAACCAAGUACGAUUCCCACAGCCCCGAUGACGUCCAACUCUAGCCUAAUGCCUCAGUCGGUGGCGGUUGUGGGCCCUUUACAUAUACCACAGAACAUCAAGUUCUCCUCUGCACCUGCUCCUCCUAGCACAUCCUCCAGCAGCCCUGCUCCUAGUAUUCCCACGAGCAGGCCACUCGUUCUUAAUCCCUUGGCACCCCCUGUUCAGCUGCCUUCUCCUGCUACAACUUCUUCAAAUGUUCCUUCGCAUCUUCCUGCUCAGCCAGCAAAAGACUCGAGCCCUGAAGAAGCUGCUUCUCAGAGCAGUGGGUCAAGUGACCAGUGCCCCGCUACAGCCACGCAGCCUGGACCCGUGGUUUCACCUCUUCUUAGCAGUAGUCCAGGACCCGGGAACAGACGAAGUCCUGUUUCUUCUAGUAAAGGAAAGGGAAAAGUAGACAAAAUUGGCCAACUCUUGCUGACAAAAGCGUGCAAGAAAGUCACUGGCUCCCUUGAGAAAGGGGAAGAGCAGUACACCUUGGAUGGAGAAGCAGAAGGUCAGGGGCUGGAGACAUCAGUCCCAAGUAACUUGGGAACAGAGCAAUCACCAGCAGAACUAGACAAUAAAACUGUGACACCUCCGGUACCCAGUCUUACAAAACAGAGCACUUCUGGGCCUGGCAAUGUGAGCGUUAGCGCUGCUGCUGCUUCUGCUUCUGUAUCUCCAAGCUUAUCAACAAGCACUCCUCCUACAAGUGCACUGUCAUCUGUAACCACUCCAGCAAUCCCAGAGCUUGCACCUGCAACACCAAGUACAAAUGGCAGUAACCAUGGCAGCUUACCGGCUGAGCAGACUGGGGGUGGCUUGGUGGAGGACAAAACAGGCACACAUCAGGAACUGCUACAAAAUACAGCAUCUUCUCAACAUUUAACGCAGAAAAAAAGUUCAGUUGCCACAACAGAAAGUACUGUUCAAAGAACAGAACUUGAAACAAAUGCUCCAGUAGUUGCUGGUCAAAGUAAUGAGACAAAAGAGAAUUGUGAAAAGUCUAAAACUCCAAGUAGAAGAAAUUCAAGAACAGAGGAUUCUGCCGCUUCACAGGAAACUGUAGAGAAUGGACAGCGCAAGAGGUCCUCCAGACCAGCAUCCGCAUCCAGCACUGCAAAAGAAACGAGUGCCAGUGCAAUGCAGUCAAAAAGAAGAAAAUCCAAGUAAAUAACUGCAUGGAAACAUGAAACUUGUAAAUGAGUGUGAAUUUACCAAUAGCAAUUUUGAGCUGUGAUUUUUCUUUUUUAAAUAAAAUUCUGUACAGUAAGUCAUUUUAAUAUUAUACUGUUCCCAAUGAUUUUUCUUUUUUCCUAAAAAACAAACAGAUAUAAAAACUGAAUUCUUUUUUAAAAAAACGCCUGGAUUUGGAGAGUGAAGUCCAGGGUUAGCACAUUAGGUUAAUGUGUUUGUAAGAAAUGGAAGGGGAGGGGAGAUGAUUGUAAAUGUAUUUGUUUCCACUUUUCAUAAACAAAUUAGAAUACAGGGUUGUCAUUUUUAGGUAUUAAAAUAACGUAUUGUGCUGUUGUUUAAGUACUGUAUGUGAAUAGCAGUAAGAGGGUUAUAAACAGACCCAAUUUUGUUUGGAAAUGUAAAUAGUUUUAUUAUAUAGUAGAUCUGAUGUAUUUGUUGUAGAAUGGACCAGUGAAACAAAAAUGACUUUAUGGGUUUGUAUAAUGUGGAAUCCCUCAUGCUCUAAAUAAAUGUUAUUGUCCUAUAA